CAUAAUUGUUUAAUAAACCGCUCUCUCCGGGACUUGAAACUUGGAUUUCCUGUAAUCUGCAAUAAAUUGCAUAGUCUGGGAUUUGAACCCCAGACCUGGGUGUAGAAGCUUUUAAACCUUAACCAAUAGUAGCAACCUUAGAAGCAAAGCUAGAACGUGGUUUGUUUUUUUAUUGUACAAGUUACCUAAUUGUUAUCCAUAUGCACCCGCCCAUGAGUGAUGGGCGCUUGUAAUUUCAAGGCAAUUUUCGCAUAACAGUUUCCUUUAUGUUAAUUUAGGUUUAUUUGUUAUACUCAACUUGCUGUUUAAUCAGCCUUCGACUUUAUGCUUUUAGGUUGGACCCAACAUUGAUCACCAAACGGUUUGAUAGUAUUAAAUCAUUAAAACUUUCAAGAAAGUGAAAUUAACUGGUUGCCACCAACCACGCUUUGGUCCGUUGCACAUGAUCUUAAAACCUUAUUUUCACGCUAAUUUGGAUUUUUAAGUAUAAAUUGACAAAACAUCAACAACCCAUUUAGAAGUCCCCCUAAACUUUUAAAAUUCUUUCAUUUAUAUAAAUAAAUUCUCGUGAUUAAAUUAAGUGAAUAAUACUUCUAUAUUAAUGGGCUUUAAGUGAUCUUCAUUACAAACAACUCACUAGUCGUCUCUAGCUAAUCAUGGCAUCUAUUGUAGAGAAACAACUUUUCAAAUCACUCUUCUCAUUCUUCCUUCUAGUUCUACUCUUCGAUACCGUUUAUUCGUCCCGAAAAACAUUGGAUCAGAAGAAACCAUGCAAACAUUUCUCCUUCUACUUCCAUGAUAUCCUCUAUGAUGGCGACAAUGUAGCAAACGCAACGUCAGCCGCUAUCGUGAGCCCUCCUGGAUUAGGAAACUUUAAGUUCGGUAAGUUUGUGAUCUUUGACGGCCCCAUAACAAUGGACAAGAACUAUCUAUCAGAACCCCUGGCUCGUGCACAAGGCUUCUAUUUCUAUGACAUGAAGACGGACUACAAUGCGUGGUUUUGCUAUACCUUGGUGUUUAACUCGACUGAACACAAAGGUACACUGAACAUAAUGGGUGCGGAUUUGAUGAUGGAGCCGACAAGAGAUCUAUCGGUCGUCGGUGGGACUGGUGAUUUCUUCAUGGCUCGUGGGAUUGCUACCUUCGUGACGGAUAUAUUUCAAGGGGCUAAGUAUUUCCGUGUUAAGAUGGAUAUUAAACUCUAUGAGUGUUACUAAGUGAUUUAUGUGUAUUUUAAUUUUUGCAAUUUGUGUUGACACAGAUAAAAAUGUGUGACUAAUAAUAAGUGAUUUUGUUUUGUUUUGUUUGUUUUAAUAUGUGUUUUGUUUGUUUUUUAUUCAUUAUUCAUGUUGCCCCAACUGUUAGAAGCCCUAAUGAAAAAAAACAAUUGGUCGAA